CAGUGAGUCGACGUCCGGAAGUCGAACAGGCAGGAUGGAGCACGACACCAAGCACACUUCCUGUAAUUGCCUGGAUUUUAACAAAAUGGCCAAGGUGAAGAAAGUGGUGGACGAAGCCCGGGAACAAAACAACCCCGAGCUCGACCUGGUCGACCGAGGAAUCACGUCCAUCGAAGAGAUACCCGGACUGUUCUCUUUGCCAAAUUUGACAAGGUUGACAUUGAGCCACAACAAAAUCAGAGUUGUUCCUGCUAGCAUAGCAAAUUUGUACAACUUGGAAAUUCUGACACUAUGCAACAACCAAAUUGUGGAGUUGCCCUCAUCAAUCUCUACAAUGCCAAAACUCAAGAUCCUGAACUUGGCAAUAAACCGGCUCAGCAGCCUGCCUCGAGGGUUCGGUGCCUUCCCCAUGCUCGAGGUGCUCGACCUCACGUACAACAACCUGAAUGAGCAGUCCCUGUCCAACAACUUCUUCAUAAUGGAUACACUGCGGGCCUUGUACUUAGGUGACAACGAGUUCGAGAAGCUUCCUCCAGCCAUUGGACAACUCAAGAAUUUGCAAAUUCUCUCUGUGCGGGAGAAUGAGCUCGUGGAGCUUCCAAAGGAACUGGGCCAGCUGACUAGGUUGAGGGAGCUGCACAUUCAAGGCAACAGGCUCGCGCUGCUUCCUCCUGAGCUAGGCAAUCUUGACCUUGCAAGCCAUCGUUGCGUCGUUCGCAUGGAUGACAACCCCUGGGUCGCCCCCAUAGCUGAUCAGCUGCAGAUUGGUGUUUCCCAUGUUGUUGAGUACAUCCGCAGUGAGACCUAUAAAUAUGUUUAUGGCCGCAACACACACAGCAGCCUAUCUCCUCCUCCCAAGAAGACCGACAAGAACAAGAAAGUGAGCAAAAAAAGAGACCACAACUGAGUGCACACUGGAAGGUUAACUCGACUAGUUCAGACAAUGCUCCCUGUUAGUGGGCUUUUUGAUGCUUCACUGUCCUUUGCUACCUUCAUGACAGAACAAAUACUAUGAAGUAUACGUCUAGCUUGCAGUGAAUGUUUUGCUAAGGCAUGGCCUUACUCCCCUAACGAACACUGAGAGUGAUCAUAGGGUGGCACCAUGACGAGGAUUCCGGAGCACUAGAGUAAGAUGGUCAAUAUAAAGUGGACAGACUAGUGCGUGGAGGCCAUAUGCUUGAUUGAUCACCUUUUGGAACUUCACUUGUGCUGCUUGGCUCAUUUUGGUGGCCCAGCACCUACGGCAUUGCACUGCUGAGCCAAUCACCGAAACUGAUUGCUGAAGCUAUCACCAAAAGUGAAUAAUCGAGACUCCUUGUUUUUGUUGCUCUCACCAAUGUUAAAUGCUUUCUAGAGGAUUUUGCAGUUUACUGCACAAUUGUUGAAAAUGGAGCAUCCUGUUAUGCCUGUUUACUUGAGUAAUGGUUAAAUGGCCCGUAUGAAGUUUGUCGGGGUUCGUUAAAGCAUGGGGCUGUUUGACCACUACAGCAUAGUUUUGUUAAUUCAACCUUCAUGGACUUCAAAUAUUUGUUCCAGUAAUGAAGAAGGCUGAGUUAAAGGAAGCUUCUUAAGAAUGUGGUAUGACAUGAGUUCUUCCCUGACCUGGAUGUGGAAACCACAUUGAAUGACUGCCAUUUUUUUUUUUGAAACUUAACUACCGGUGGUGCCUGGCUUGUUUGUAUGGUUUGUAGCUGUGCUACAGCCUGUAGCACUGGAAAGGACAGCUUCUGUUUAUACCUUUAUGCUCGCUUCUCAUUUCCUGUGCAAGCUUUGUGGCUAUUAAUAUUGCACCAGGCAUACAGUGUGCUUACCGUGUGUUCAUGUCCUUAUAGGAGUCAUUAGUUAUUGCUGUCCUCCUUUGCUCCCAUUACAAUGAAACACUAACUUUGUCGUAAUCUGCCAGUUCUUGCAGUUCCUAUCAGGCUUUUCUAGAGCAUGGAAAUAGUGUUGCCUCAUAGUGUGUUCACAGUGUUUACCAGAGCCUGUGGGCCUAGUGACAACUUUUCUGCAGCUAGAAUGGUCAGCUGCCAUUCACACAGCGACACAUUUUUAGUGAAGACCUAUUUUCACUGAAAAGUCCGGCAAUUUGGGCGGAUUGGUAAAGUUGCGGUGCUACCUUUUCUUUGUCCGCAUCUUUUUUGAGCGCUGUUUUACAGUCGCCAUGCACCUGAUUUCAGCCUGGUGCUGUGGGUGAAUGUUGCCAUUGCAUUACGGAACAUGCUGUUUAUAAUAGUAGGGACUAUAAUAAUAGGGACGAUCAUGAUGGUGAGUGUAUGCGUAUCGAAAACAAACACAUAGUUUCUGUCAACGUUCGCUACAUGCCUUGUCUCGUUUUUCUGUGCAUUCUCAUGUCCUAGUUAAUGUUUACUGUAACAGCUUUGUUUUUGUGAGUAGCAGUUGUUAGUGGAAAAUGAAUGCAGGCCGUCAUCAUUUGUAACAUUGGUUAACAGGGUUAAAGCAAGCAGCACUUAAUCAGAACUUAAUCAGCACCACAUGCGUGCGUUAGUGUCUGCAUGGAAAAUGCAGAAAUAUUGAGUUGUCAGCAAGCUCUACUUGACUUUGUUUGCUUAGUCUUCAUUUUUGGAACAAGCCAUUGGAUUUGUUCAGCUGUCCAAACAGUUGAAUCCUCACCUAGUACAUACCUAAAGUAAUUUAAAACUUUUCACUGAAUCAUCUUUUGCUCAUAAAAUACAAAAAAUAUGCCAUCAGCGUGAAUGUCAGGUGACCCCAGUAGUAGGGUUUGCACAAUUAAAUCCUCUUGAAAUAUAGUUGCUAUAAAUACAUGCAUAAGAAUGUCGCCAUGUUUGCAAACUGAUUAGUGUCACCAAAUGUGUCCCUUGCUAAAGGCAAAGCUCUGGAAAGCUGCUCACUUCCAGAACUUUUGAAGCAACGCACAUUUUUCAGCCGAGAUUGGUGACUUUGUUGCAUGUACGGGGCAUUGCAGGUGUGUGGAAACCUUUCACUGCUCCUAGUACAGUUUGAAAGUGCUGUGAAUAUGAAUGUGCCUUAGCAUUGUUCAUUUGUGCUAUUACAGUGGCACUUAAUGCAAGCUUUCCAUUUCAUUUGUGAAGGUGCUGCAUCUAUAUUGUUGCCUUUGGUGAAAUUGCCUUCGCAGUAUUUUGGUGCUGUGCCUUAUGCUUUAUAAGCAGUGCUUUCAAUAAUCCUUGCAGUAUUUGCCUUACAACUUUGCUUGCUUUAUUAGAAUCAAUUUCACUAGGAGACUGGAAGAAUAUUAUCAUACAAUAUCUUUUAGUUCACUUAUAAUGCCUCUGUUUUAUGAAGAGUGGUCACAAUGAUUAUAAUGCAGCCAUGAAUAAUCUUACUCAUCUCAUAUUUUUCAUUGCUGUGGCAUUGGACAUCAGUGGUAGGUUAGACACAGGCUGUAGUGCUGAGCAAAAGCGAUGUUCUGAAGGCUUUUCACAGUGAGGUGUGUGUAUUGACGGGAAACAAGGAAUCGCUAAUCUAACCUGGGACAAACCAGGUGCAUCUGGGCAAUGAUAAACAUUUAAGCUUGAUUGUGUAAUGGUUGUUUCUGUCUGCUGUUUAAUCUUAUGUGUUAUAACUUUCGCGAUUCCUUGUGACAGUGAGCAUUAUGACUCUUAAACGUGAACUAAGUCAUAAGUCUUUACUCCUUUACGACACAUUGCACCUCUUGUGCACAAUGUAUGAGCCAAGUGUCUUCAUAUUCCUUGUGUAUGCAGGACAUUCUUAUAUAAUUCUCCCCAUGUUACGCUGAGAUUUCCUGGCUGUAGGCUUUUCUUGGUGCCACACAUUGUGUCACUGUUUGCACAUGCCAUUGUGGAAGUUGAUAAUGCAUUUAGGGGCACGCACUACUAUGUAUAAUGGGAUAUAUAUUUUAUGGGCUGACAAAUUUAUUGUGGUUACUGACAAUGUCAAAAACCUGUGACCUGUAAUACGGAGUGAGUUGGACAGGAGACAGUAGUAGUACUCUUCUGAUAAAGCACUGACACUGACUUCUUGGCAAACCCAGCUUCAUGGCUGAGUUCACCGUGCUACAAAGAUGGUGCUGAAGUUUUACACUCUCAUCCAGCAGCAUUGGUGAUGAGCAGUGCUUGUAUAUGACUGCAGAACUAAGAAUGUUCUUUGAACUGAACUGAACUGCACUAAACUUGGCCUUUUGUAUCUUCUUCCACCUCCAAAUGAGAAGGGAAGAACAUUUUAGCUGCUUUUAGCUUUGCUGGCAUGAUUCAGUGGGCACCUCUUCUUGCGUCCUUGUCAGGAUGUUUCACAUGUCCACACUAUUAAAUGUAGAUUGGGCACACAGUGAUGGCGAAGUGAGGUGGUAUGACAUAUGCGUGAGGAAGGGAGGAUAUUGGCAAAGGGAGAGGGUUUGAGUGAAAGCUAGAACUGCCGUGUCGUUGAAGUGUUUGGGUUCCACGCCAAAUGCCUUGCAAAGUAGGCAUGUCAGCACACCCCUGUCUAUACCAUACUCAAUUACGUGGAUUCAGGUAAUGUAUGCUUAAUUUAAAGGGCCCCUCACCACGCCCCAUAACAAAUUUUGGUCAUACGCUGUAAGUUGUUACAUGUCGUCUAGGGAGCGUUCUGCCGCAAAAUUCUUUGAGUCUGCUCAUUAAUAGCCAAGAUAAAAAUACUUCAGUGCUGCGAACCCAUGAUUUCGGCAGGCGGGCUCCACUGCCAAGCAAGACGCUCUCUCCACUUGCCUCGUCUAGCCUCCUCAAGCGAAAUUCCUCCCCUGCGUUCUCCCAUACCGGACCUCAAGGAUCGCGUGACGCAUACAUCACAGGCCCCCCCCCCCCCCUUCAUUUUUAUCUCCUCGAUUUUUGUUUUCAGCGCUACGCCCCUCCGCUGACGACGUCGCGCGCGAGCUGUUGUAUCGUUCGCGCAGCAUACAAUUUUGCGCGCUGUGCACAAGGGCACAUCACAAGUGGAAUUCAGUGCUGUACGAAUACUGAGGCAGAACAAGCAGUUCGCAGAGCAUGAACGCGCGCUGGAACACGAUAGAAAAUGGCGUAGUUUCGGUACCUGCACACUUGACUGCACACGUGAGUGCAGGACCGUGCGAACAAGCAGACGGAGCAGAAGUACACCUUUCUUGCUUCUGUGCGAAGUAAAACAUUCUGUAUUGUGUGUUUUAUUAUUUCUCUAAACUUCAAUUCGUCAAUUCGAGCAACAGAUCACACAAAUAACAGAUGGUGCCUUGAACAAUUCUCGAAGUCACGUGUCACCACGAGCGACGUCACACUGCGGACCCAAUAACGUAGGCGCAGGGAUGCGAGUGCGUCACCGUCUGGCUUGGAGCGCAGCGGCUGCAAGAAGAAAGAAAAAAAUGGCAUUCGGAUUGAAAUUUCAGACCUCUCCGCGGCACGUAGCGAUGUAAUUCUUUGCAAACACGAUCAUUAGUGCGCAUUGUAUGCUCUGCGCUUGUCAGCUCAAUAUGGCUAGACCUGGUGAAGGGCCCUUUAAGUUGUCAACCUGUGAACAUCUUUCUCCUCAGCGGUGUGAGUGCACCUGCUGUGCAUCUGCUGCAAGUGUGAAUGUUGGGUUGUGCAGUCUGUCUUAAUUCUCUUUUUGUCUAAGCCAAAUUAUUACACUAACGAGAGAACAAUGAAGCUGGUGCUUAUGCUGUGGCUUUUCGCAAAAGAAGUGCCAAAAAUGAAUCGCACUGCUUAAUGCUGCAGUUGAAUGUGUUCUUGUCCUAAUUGGAUAAGCUUGAUGGCACUGUAUGAAUGCAGUGCCUUAGUGUUAUAAGGGGAGCACAGCACUGAGAGCUUCUUUGUGAGAACUGCUCUCUUGGUGGCUCUGCAGUUAAAUCAGAUGUCGUAUGGAUCUACUUGAUAUGCCAUGGUUACGACCAUUCAUAUAUAGCAAGAAAGUUUAAUUGGCUUGUUUGGAGUUGGUGAGCGCCAAAAUGUUGCCACUGAGUGCAGCAGUGAGAUUUUUCGCAUUUAAAGCCAGCAAAAUACAGUGCUUGUUAGGCUAGAGGAUAAUCAAAGUGGUAAAUGACACAGUUUACAGUAUGUGAUUAUGAUAAUCAGUACUAUUUAGUUUUAGUUUGCUUCUGAUGUUGCUCCUCCCACUACAUAUAUACAUGCAUUCGGUUUUUUUUAUUAUAUUUAAUCCAUUUUUGUGUACUUAUUCAUCACUUUGUCUGCCUCUAAGUUUCUUGGCCAGUGCACUGUGGUUCAUCUUGUCCCAGAGAAAAACUGGUGCCAAUCAUUUCUUAAUCGUUUCCGUAUCUUAUGUUUCAUCUUUGUUAGUGCAUUUUCCUAUCAGCUGCUUUUCUUACUCUGCGUUUGCAGUUUAGUCUGAAAACAAUGUCUUGAAGUGAAUACAUUGUCAGACAGUCCUUGUCUUUAGUUUUGUGUGGAACAUGAAGAUGCUUUGUUAGUGCAAUCUGUCCACUCAGUUCACAAAUUAUUGUCACUGUUGCUGCGCGCGCAUAAAAUAUUGUUAAGCAAGUGCCUGCAAGCUUCAGUUACUUGUUGAGCUGUUUUUGCUAAAAUGUGGUCUUCUUUUAACAAGGUGUUUAAGCGCGCUCUUGGUUUAGACCUAAUGAUUUUCACUAGUCGCACAAGUUGAAUAAAGUUUUUAAUCUGUUUACCUGUA